AUGGAGCCCCAAGAGCCGGACCGUGUCUUUACCUCUGCUGAUCGAAUCCGUGAACUUAAUGAUAUCGACAAAGAUGUUGCAAAGCUUCUCAAUGCAGCGGGUGUUGCGAUCGGCUCACUCACCAAUUCUCCUUCCGUAACCUCAGGACAGUCAUCCAGCGAUUUGCCCAAAAUCGAUGGGACCUUAGAAUCACAUCGAGCAGCUUUCAAAGCUGCAAGCUCCCAAUACUUUGCGCUACUCUCCUCCAUUGAUGUGCGACUACGACGGCAGGUGUAUGCUCUGGAGGAAGCGUCUAUCAUCCAACCUGAAUCAGCUGAAGUCACUGCUGGAGGCACUACUACUACUGCCUCUACUACUUCGUCUGGGGGCGUUAACCCUCUCGAUACCAGCUGGCUUAAUUGCCGGAAAGAUACCGUCGGAAAGGAUAAGGAGGCAGAGCUGUGGGCGGAAGCCAGCAAGUUUGCUACUCAACUGGAGAAAGCUAAAGGGCCUUCCGAAAAUGAAUCGGGGAGUUGA